GUUUUGCCAUGGAGAAAGCAGGUAGCACUGAGGAGGGCAUGCGACCUCUACAGCAGGCUUGGAAGAUCCUUCGAGAAGCUGAUGCCGCGGAGAGCCUGGAGUCUGCGGCGCUGUUGCAUCACAUGGGUGCUCUACACUACUAUUUGGCGUCCUAUCCAAAGGCUGCCUUGUACUUUGACCUCGCGCGAGAGCGACACCAAGCUCAUGGGGAUUUGUCAGGCAUGAUGAAGAUGUGGUGGCUCUGUACUGUGACAACGGUGCGUGGCUGGUUGUGGACCACAGAGCAGUGGCUGUACCCGUGA